UCAUGGUGAUAUCGUCGUGGUUGUGCAUAACCCUUCGACAAAGGGAGCUCAAAAAGAUAUUGAAAAUGUUUGAAAAUCUUUGUGCUACCUUGGAAUUAAUCGGGAUUAGCCAAAGCCCUAACAAACUGUCGAGACGACUCAUGAUACACGCGGUUAUUCUCAACGUUGUUUGGAUCUUUCUGUUCUGUUUCGAUCACGCGAUGCUCGUAAACAACAAGUUGUUCAGAUACGAUAUUUGGAUGCCUUUCAAUUUUCCUCGGAUCGUUAGCCACAACGUUGUCAUCAUGUUCCUCAACUCUUUAUUAAUUGCCAAAAAAUUUUUUCAUCUUCUGAAUAAAAAAAUUCAUACAAUACCGGAUGUUUUAACGUCCAAACCGAUUCUACUGCGGAAACGGUUACAAACUUCAGAGCCCUGUGGCCUCCAAUCCUGUGUGGUGCCUGGUCCUCUGGAAGUCUGCGGUCAGAUCCACUCCGAUCUCGUGACAUUCACGGAAAUAACAGUGAAAUUUUUUUCUCUCUCGAUUCUACUCGUUCUCCUAGUACACCUCGUCCAAAUGGCUGCGGAUCUCUAUAUCAUGUGCAUGAUGAUCAGACUUCAAAGAUUUUGGACGCAAACGGAAGUGAUAGUGUUUGCAAUACUGGCUUGCUGGUUCCUCCUCCAUUUUAGUCAAACCGUCGCUCUCUUAGGCAUUCCGGAUUCAACAGUAAACGAGGCAAAUCGAGCUGGGAAAAUGCUGCAUCAGAUGUUGGCGUAUGAUGACACUCGAAGAUACGUUGACACGGGCCAGAUUCUCUCGCUUCGUUUCCUCCAAAGACGUUUAACCAUAUCGUUGUGGGGUUUGUUUCAAAUGAGGCUCUCCAUCAUGCACACGAUCAUCGGUACAGUGGGCACAUAUCUAACGGUAAUGAUGCAGCUCGACGGCCAGGAUAUUCAUGAGAAGAUGUUGAACGAAACAAUAGUUCAAUCCUUACGCACCUAGAGCAGCGCUUGAUUUUCAAAGUUCAACGAGCACUCCACUAUUCCAAUUGUACAAAAUACAUCGAAUGAUUAUAACCCAAUGAGUAUGUCGGCUAUUAUUCGAAUAUAUUUUUUCCCAACGUU